UUGCUGAGUUGUCGCUCUCACUUGUUUAACUCAGAAGAAGAGUAACUGAAUUGAGUGAUGGAAAAAACAGAGAUCAAUGCAGCAGGUCCUGAUGACCUUCCCCUCUCACUGCUGGAGAUGGGCUGUUCGGGAAGGUUUGAACUGCUCUCAAACCCUGUACCGAAGAACCAACCCCUACCCCCACUGAGCACUCUGCCUCAUGGCCUCCCUCCCAUUGGCCCUGACCUUCGGACAGAGGUAGAAAGACGUUUCAUGAGUGACCCGGAGUGGCUUCCUAUACAUAACACAGACUCUGCUUUCCAGAACUUCCUCAGGCUGAUCCAAAGAAACCGGCAGGUUGACUCUCUGCUUCACUGCUCCCCCUCCCCUCUGCAUUCCGGCCUGUCUGUUGUACGAGACCCAACCACAGGAGUGCUUCUUGACUUUAAUGAGCUGCUGUUAGAGGAUACCGGUUUGUCAGCAAAGAAUUCUCUUUCACUUCUACGUGCCCCAGGCCCCCCCUCAGAGAGUCUGCGUGGGAGCAACACCAACUACCCUUUUCUGCCCGGGGGAAUGGAGGAGCUGACCCUGGAACAGAUCAAGAAGAAGUCAGAAAAACAGGAGGAAGUGGACUUUGAGAACGAUUUGCUGACAGUAGCUCCUGGACUAACGGCUGGCAUGGACUUCUCCAAUAAAGAGCCCAGAAACUCACCACGUGACGUAAACCUGAUGUCCCUCCUGUCCACUUUUGAUGACGUCAUUGAUGCCCGACUACAUGGAGAUGAAGAGGAGGAGAAGCAAAGUACUAAGGAAUCUCCCAAAAUGCCCCGGACAAACAGCCUGGAGGACCUUGGGAUUAAGGACGCCGUGGACACCCCCUCCCCAGCUGCUGCCUCUGUGGGGAAGAAGGACGGCAUGACUAUAAAGGAGGGAGACAACGCGGCAACGGAAACAGAAGAGAAGAAGAGAUGGGCCAUACCAGUGGACAUCACCACUCCCUGUGAUGACUUCUACAAGCGCAUCCCUGACCCCGCCUUUAAGUGGCCCUUUGAGCUGGACGUGUUUCAGAAGCAGGCCAUUCUGCGGCUGGAGUCCCAUGACUCAGUGUUUGUGGCGGCUCACACGUCGGCGGGCAAGACGGUGGUGGCCGAAUACGCCAUCGCACUCUCACAGAAACACAUGACCAGGACAAUUUAUACCUCCCCCAUUAAGGCUCUGUCCAAUCAGAAGUUCAGGGACUUCAAGAACACCUUUGGGGACGUGGGGCUCCUCACUGGAGACGUCCAACUGAGCCCUGAUGCCUCGUGUUUGAUAAUGACCACUGAGAUAUUGAGGUCCAUGCUGUAUAACGGGUCUGAAGUUAUACGAGAUUUGGAGUGGGUCAUCUUUGACGAGGUGCACUACAUCAACGAUGCGGAGAGAGGGGUGGUGUGGGAAGAAGUGCUCAUCAUGCUGCCUGAUCACGUCAGCAUCAUCCUGCUCAGUGCCACGGUGCCCAACGCGGUGGAGUUCAGCGAGUGGAUCGGGCGUAUAAAGAAGAGGCCGAUCUACGUGAUCAGCACCGUGAAGCGGCCUGUUCCCCUGGAGCAUCACCUGUACACUGGAAACAGCACCAAGACCAUGAAGGAACUCUUUCUCCUGGUGGACUCGUCAGGAAACUUCCUCACUAAGGGGUACUAUGCCGCAGUGGAGGCCAAGAAGGAGCGCUCCAGUAAGCACGCCCAGUCCUUCGGCGCCAAGGGUGCCUCCCAGAACACAUCCGCCACUCAGGACCGAGGCGUGUGGCUCGCCCUGCUCCACUUCCUGUCUGACCGCCAGCAGACACCUGUGGUGGCCUUCACUUUCUCCCGCUCACGCUGCGACGACAACGCGCGGGCUCUGGGCUCUAUGGACCUCACCACCUCUGCCGAGAAGACCGAGAUCCACUCCUUCUUCCAGAAGAGUGUGAGCCGGCUAAGCAGCAGCGAUCGGCAGCUGCCCCAGAUUCUGGUGAUGAGGGACCUGCUGAAGAGAGGCCUGGCCGUGCAUCACAGCGGCAUCCUGCCAAUCCUGAAGGAGGUCAUUGAGAUGCUUUUCUCCCGGGGGCUUGUAAAGGUGCUGUUCGCCACAGAGACAUUCGCCAUGGGCGUCAAUAUGCCAGCCAGGACGGUGGUGUUCGACAGCAUCCGCAAACACGACGGAUCAGGCUUCCGGAACCUGCUGCCUGGGGAGUUCAUCCAGAUGGCGGGGCGGGCGGGCAGGAGGGGCCUGGACAAGACGGGCACCGUCAUCAUCCUGUGCAAGAGCGGCGUGCACGACAUGGGGGACCUGCACACCAUGAUGCUGGGCAAGCCCACAUUGCUGCAGUCCCAGUUCAGGCUGACCUACACCAUGAUCCUCAACCUGCUGCGGGUGGAGGCCCUGGAGGUGACCGACAUGAUGCGGAGGAGCUUCUCCGAGAGUCACCGUGACACCCAGAGCCAUGAGAAGCGGAUCAAGCAGCUGAGACAGAAGCUGACCUCUCUCCCCCCACUGGACAUGGAUGCGCAGCUGGCCGAUUUGGUGCCUUUCUACCACACUCUCACCGAGCUGCGCCUCACCACUGAGGCCCUGCAGAAAGCGGUUAUGGAGUCAAUGAGCGGACAGAAGGCUUUAUCUGUGGGCCGUGUGGUAGUGUUGAACAACGCACAGCACCACAAUGCCCUGGGGGUCAUCCUGCAGGUAUCCAAUGACUCCGUUAACCGCACCUUCACCACCCUCAUCAUGUGUGACAAAGGUAGGGAGGAAGUGGGGAGAGAACCCCAAAACAGCGUCACCGUGCCCCUGCAGCACCUCUACAACCCCGCCCUCUUCAUCCCCGAUGGCCCCUGCAGUCACACUGUGCAGAAGCUGAAGAUGCAGGAUAUCACUGCAAUCACCACAAAGACCCUCAAAGUCAUUCCUGAGAGAAUCAUUGAGAACUACAACAAGAGACAGCAGCCACGCUUCAGGCUGGAAUCCCCCGGGCCUGCCAUAUCCACAGCUACGCAGGAGCUUCUGCGACUAGCGGAGGCCAACUCCAGUGGCAUCACGGCCCUCGACCCUGUGAAUGACCUUCAUCUGAAAGGGGUGGAGGUGGUAGAGGGGUCUCUCAGGCUGAGAUCUCUGCAGGAAAGCGUGCGAGAGUUCAGCUGUAUCCACUCCCCCACCUUCUCUGAGCAGUUCUCCAGGGUCCAGGAGAGGAUGAUGCUCCAAGAGGAACUGGACAGCCUGCUCUACCUCAUCUCUGACCAGUCACUCACCCUCCUGCCAGAAUAUCGCCAGAGGAUCAAGGUUCUCGAAUCACUGAAUUAUGUGGACAGCAAAGGGGCCGUGCAGCUGAAAGGGAGGGUGGCCUGUCAGAUCAGCCGCCACGAGCUGCUGCUCACAGAGCUUCUGUUUGAGAACACACUUAGCCCCCUGGCACCUGAGGAGAGCGCCGCCCUGCUGUCAUGCUUGGUGUUCACCCAAAACACGCAGACCUGUCCCCACCUCACCAACACUCUGCAGGAGGGUAUCGAUCGAGUGGUAACUGUGGCCCAGCGCAUCGGGGACCUGCAGGUGGACCUCGGACUCACACAGCUGGCGGAGGACUUUGUGGCUCAGUACAAGUUUGGGCUGACGGAGGUGGUGUACUGUUGGGCCAGGGGCAUGCCCUUCUCUGAGAUCGCCCAGCUGACUGAUGUCCAGGAAGGCACGGUAGUGCGCUGCAUCCAGCAGCUGAACGAGGUUCUCAGGGAGGUGCGGCAGGCUGCCCGGAUCGUGGGGGACUCAGUCCUGGGCAGCAAGAUGGAGAAGGCUUCCCUGGCCAUCCGCCGGGACAUCGUAUUCACGGCGUCACUGUACACACACUGAUACGAGGAUGGGUGUGAGAGAGCGAGAGUGUACAAGAAACAGGACCCUGUGAGGCAUAAACACUUAACAUGUAAAAUGGAGGACAGGAAGGCUCAAGUUUGUAAACUAUUGUGUAGUAAUAAAAUCUGCUGCAUUUGUUCUGAUUCUGA